AUGUCACUUCAGCAUUGGUUCUCCGACGAAGCCGAGGCUCCAUAUCGAGACUUCGGCAUUCGUAAUCCCACAGUUGGCAGGCAAACUGCCCUCCUUCGAUAUGCCGCGAACUUUCCUAAAGGAUCUACCAGCGAUAGAACUGGCAGAUCCACACUUCUACAAGAGCGCUCAGAUCGUCGUCCUUCCGUCGGUCAUCUUGAGCGGCUCCCGGCCAAACAUUUGUGGCUCACUCCUUGGGCAGGAAACCGUGUUUGGCUGGAUUCUUACCGGCCCCGUCUCCCAGAGUAUGUCGACAACUGUUUCUGCGUUUUCGACAAGAGUCGCCCUCAAGCAGACGAACAGCUCGACAGCCUACUUUCCAAAUUUUGGGAGGUGGAGGAUAUUCCAGCGAAGCUGAUAAAGGAGUCAGACUUCGUUUGCGAAGAAAACUUCGUUAAGACUACUUCUCGUAGCAAAUGUGGCAGAUAUCGGGUGACUCUUCCAUUCCGGAAGCCCGAUGGCAUUGAACUGGGUCAUUCCAGAUCUAUAGCGCUGGCUCAAUUCCUCAAGAACGAGAAUCGGUUGUCAAGAAACGAUUCUCUAAAGGAACAGUACAAUGCCGUUCUCCAGGAGUACGUGGACUUGGGUCAUAUGACACCCAUAUCGCCUCAGGCGAUUGGCACGACUCCUAAUUUCUACCUGCCUCACCACGCCGUGUUCAAACCAGAUAGCACCACAACGAAGGUGCGGGUCGUUUUCAACGCAUCUUGUCCAUCCUCAAAUGGCAAGAGUCUGAAUGAUAUCCUUCAUUCAGGGCCCAUUCUCCAAUCGGAUCUCACAUGGCGAUACUAUCGAUAUGUGUUCAAUGCGGACAUAACGAAGAUGUAUCGCCAAAUCCUCAUGGACUCAAAGCACACACCGUUCCAACGAAUUCUGUUCCGCACGUCGGACGGUGUGAUCCGUGACUUUGAGUUGAACACGGUGACAUUCGGUGUCAACUGUGCGCCUUUCCUGGCCCUACGAGUCCUUCAGCAACUUGCUGAUGACAUACGCUUGGAGUAUCCUCUCGCAAGCCGUGUCAUUUCCAACAACAUGUACGUGGACGACGUCCUAGCGGGGACACACACAAGAGAAGAGGCCAUCCGGACCAUUACGGAAGUGUGUGCAGCCCUGGAUAGUGCUGGCUUCCCGCUGAGGAAGUGGACGUCGAACCAUAAGAGCGUGCUGAAGGACAUUCCAAAGGACCAUCUACUUCGAGAAGAUUUCCUCGAACUCGAAGACUCUAGUACGGCGAAAACUCUGGGCAUCAGGUGGCAAGCUCACGAUGACGAGUUCUUCUUCAUGCCACCAGAAGUUGCCCAUCAAGACUCCUACACGAAGAGGGAAGUGCUCUCGCAAAUCGCUAAGCUUUUCGACCCAGCCGGGUGGCUGGCCCUUUUCGUUAUCCGAGCCAAGAUCUUCAUGCAGGAGAUCUGGCUGAGAACGCUCGAAUGGGACGAGCACCUACCCACGGAUCUUUCACUCCAAUGGAAGGAGUACCUCCAGAGCUAUCCUGCUCUGGGAAAGAUCCGGAUUCCAAGAUGGGUCCAAUUCCAGACGCGGGUGAAGCUCCAGUACCACGGAUUCUGUGAUGCAUCAGAAAGGGCGUACGGAGCAGCGAUCUAUGUCCGUGUGGAGACGGCGAACAAGGUUUCCACACAUCUCCUUACUGCGAAGACAAAGGUGGCUCCUGUCAAGUCUCUCUCAGUGCCACGUCUGGAGCUUUGCGGCGCAGUCCUGUUGGCUGAGUUAUCUGCAGCCCUCCUCCUGAAUCUGCCAGCAGAAAGUUUCCAGACUUUCUUUUGUCCUGAUUCAACAAUUGUUCUCGCCUGGUUGAACAAGCCACCCUGCAGAUGGACAACCUUUGUGGCCAAUCGCGUGGCCAAGAUCGUCCAAGCCAGCGACGCCAAGAACUGGUCGCAUGUGCGAUCCGAGCACAAUCCGGCAGAUCUCGCAAGCCGAGGUGUCCUGCCACAAGAAUUGAUGUGUAAUCCUUUGUGGUGGCAUGGACCAGAGUGGCUUCAUCUCCCGUCGGAUCAAUGGCCAACAUCUCCAAGUCCCAUUCCGGAGACUCUGCUGGAGCAACGGGUGAAGUGCAACGUCGCUAAGUUACCUCCUACUCCUGACUUCCUAAAUAAGUUCUCUGAGUUUGGCAAGGCAUUGCGCACGUCCGCCUAUGUCCUCAGAUUCAUCGAUAGGAGUCGGAAGUUGGCAGUUCCAAGCUCUACCGUGGUCCAAGCGGAUGAGCUGUCACGGAUCCAAGAGCGGCUAAUCGUCAUGGCUCAACGACAAACUUUCCAACAGGAAUACCAAUGUCUGCAGUCCAAGCAGCAGGUUCCUUCCUCAAGUUCAAUCCGAAACUUGAACCCUUUCCUCGAUGGCAAGGGGAUUCUACGGGCCUGA